GUCAGUUAAUUGAUAGAUCAAAUAUUAACAUAAUUAUAGUAUGAUGGUCUGUUGGUGGACCAUCGUAAGAUACGUAUUUAGAUUACAAGUUUUUACCAAAUUAAGGGAGUAAAAUUGUAGAAAUGGACACAGGAAAAGAACUUUCUAUGGUAAAAGGCACUGGAAAGGAACUGGAAUUACAGUGUGACUUUGGAGAUGAGAAAGGUCUUGCAGAUUUGACGCUGAAUGUAGAGGGUAAAACAAUUCCUGUGAUGAAAGGAAUAUUAUGCAUAGCGUCGCCAGUACUGUAUACCUUACUAGAAUCUAAGACAGAACUUGACAUGCCGGAGAAGAAAUAUGACGAUGUUGUGGAGUUUCUGCUUUGCAUAUAUCCUGACAAAUUGAAGAAAAUCACAGAUAACAACGUUUACCAGGUUUUGCCAUUUGCAAGCGAAUAUCAAGUUCAAAAACUGAGAAAGCGAAGUGGAAAAGUUCUUCUUCAAAAAGUCAGACAACAGCAUAUAAAAGACGCUCUAGAACUAUACCGACAUAUACACCUUGCUGAAUUAUACGGGCUGGAUGAGCUGAAACAGACAUGUAUCUCUGCUGCGUCAGACCUUAAAAUAGACGAAUUAUUAGGAGCGAGAAAGAUGCAUGCAAUUUCUGUUGAGAGUGAUCUAAAGGUAAAGGAGCUACUGAUAAAGAAGCAUGAACUAGACAGAGCUGAUGACCUACAGCUUGAUAUGAUUUCACAACAGCCAGCCAAACAGAACCAACAAAGCACCACUGUAAAUCCAGAUAAGUAUUUUCACGACUUCCUGUGGAAUAAGAUGUCAUAUCCAUCUACUCCUGCAGAAUGUUUGCGGUCUGUGAGACUGUGGAAACGGUAUUUUCCACACAAUGACAGGUCAGCUUUAAUAACGAAAUUAAGACAAAUGAACGUGAAUGACAGUCCAGAGCUUCAAGAAGAAUUUCAAUUGCUUCCCGAAGAAAUAAAACAAGCUUUACUGUGAUCAUCACUUACCUUUUAAACAUUUAACUAGUUUCAGCUUAAUUAAGUUACUUUUAAAAGAACUAAUUAAACCGCAUUUAAUGUUUACAAAAAGGUCACUCAUUAGAUAAAUCUCUAUUUGUCUCCACUUUGUUUUCAAAUGAUGCAUAACGAAUACUGAAAAACGUAAAAAUUCAGACAGAUUGACAUUGCUCAUGACGUUCAGCAUAACCCUAACUGUCUGUGGUCAUAUAUCAUUAUCAUUUUGUCUAAAUGAUAAUGAUAUAUGACCAUCUUGUAAAAUGUACAUAAAUAGGAAAGAAGCAUUUGGUAUAUUUAAUCAUUUAAAUUGCCUCCGCCAUCUACAUUAGAAGAUAUCCCUAGACUAUAGUACGCACUCAAGUUUUACUUAACUUCCAAUUUAUAAAAGCGUGUUCCAUGCAGUACGCUGAGAAAACUUCUGACCGGCCAUUCUCAGAUCUUUGUUUGUCGAGGGAAAACUAAUGAGUAUUGUUAUGUACAUUUCAUUGCCCAUUAUGCUUCGUUUUAUUAUUUUUUAUCUAUUUUGAAUGUUGAUGACUCAUUGUUUACUGUAAAGCCUGUCCUAUUUUUUGAGACAUUCUUGUUUAAAACAUUAUCUACAUUCUAUGGUUUUCUAGGAGGUUCCACCACAAAUGCUGAUAAACUGGGUGUUAGCAUUACUUUAAAGUCUGUUUUUUUUCUGGGUUUUCCAGAAUCUUCAUUUUUUAUUUUUGGUAAAGUGCUAAAUCUUCCAGGAUGCUGUUUAUAGGAAGCUGUCUUAGAAAUAGAAGAGAAGCUAUUGUAAGAUCUUAUAGACAAAUUAAUAACAAAAUUUUACCAGUAUGAACAUCUUGGCUUUAAAGAGUGUAUAAUGUACUAAAUUCAGGUUAGAUUCUGUUGACCAGGAUAGGAUUUGGUUCAUUCUUGAAUAUUAGAAUUGGACCAUGUUUACUACUAGUUGACACUUUCAAAGUAUCUUAGUUAUUACUUUUCAAAAUAAACUUUGUUAAUGUUAA